AUGGCGACUUUCGGAAAAGAUUUCAUGUUGGCCAAUCAGCACCAAAUUCAAUCAACACCAAAUUCUGGAGCUUUUUCGCCGAAUACGGAAGAGCGCAUCAUCAGAGAGUGUGGUGGAAUUCAAACAAUGUGCGAUCUCGACUUCGACAUUGAGCUGAAUCCGGAGAGUUUCGGGAACGAUGAGGACAAUUUCGAUAACGAGAACCUCUACGCAAGAGAGAUGGCCAAUAUGAGGGGCAGUCCAUCGAUCGGUUCACUGAUGCCCGAGUCGCCAAUUGAUGUCACUGCCGAUUGCCCCGACCAUCCAUUCGAUCAAAAAUCGAUGCGUGUCAAGGCUGAAUAUGUUUUGCUCGAAGAAGAUGUGCCGAUGAAAGUCCUGAGGAAAGCUGAGACUCCAUAUAUGAGAGAAAGUGCGCACGAUUUGAUGCCAAAACCGCGUGGACGUCCGCCAAAACAGGUGGCUGACACGAAACGCGCGCAACUCGCAAAGAACUGGCGAAUGCGGAAGCAAGAAGAGGAGAACUUCAAAACCGAGCGCUUGGCUAUGUGCGAGAGUGAACUCGCCGACAAGGAUAACACGAUUGAUUUGUUGACGCAAGAGAACAAUGAGUUGAAGCAAAAGCUCAAACAACAAACGUCGAAGCCGAGUGGGAAUCCCUAUGAUCGCAAGAUCAUCAUCGCAAAGGAGGUUGAGAACGAGCAACUCCGUCGCGACAAGGCAGCACUCAUCAACCGGUUGUCGAAGCUCGAAAAAGAAUUCGAAGAGCUGAAAACGAUCAUGCAAGGAGUGAUGUGGAGUGGA